UGUUACUAUAGUAACGAAUAAAUUAAAAUUCAAGAAUGGCUGUAGAGGUAAAAGGGCCAAUUACUGGACUCAGGGAACUGCAGGACUUGCAGACGAGCAGACUAAGGGAGAGGCUGGCAAAGAAAGCAGUUUCUAAUAACAGUCCAACCUUGCUCACAAUUAAUGUAGAUGACAACCUUGAUCUUCAAACUCAUGGAGGAAAAAAUAAGGAUACCAUUACCCCUCAUGCUGAAGAUGAAAGCUUGGAGAUGGAAUACUUGCAGAAAGAAGUUGAGAAACUUCAAUUGAAAAUGUCCAAGUCAAACUCUGAGAUAAAAGAAAGAGAAAGAGAAAUCGAGAAACUGAGAAAAACAAUUAAAGAAGAGAGAGCAGCAAUGGCUGAAGCUGGGUUGAGUGGAUCCGUGACACAGAAAAUAGUUGAAAUAUCUCGCAAGAAUCGUGAGCUUCAUGCUGAGCUAGCGCGAGAAAGGAACAGAACUCAAAAGGGACAAGAACAAAUCUCUGAAUUGAAGGAGCUCUUGAAAUCACAAGAACUUCACAUUGAAGAGAUAAAGAGAGGAACUGAUUCUUCAGUUGAGCAAAGACAAAAGGAAAUGAUAUCUCAACUAGAGGAACAACUGAGUCAUGCCAAGCAGAAACUGACCGAGUACAAUAAUCACAUCCAAUUGCUUAAACACGACAUUAAAGUUGCACAAAAGGUUUUGGUAAAAGAGGUAGGAGAAGGAGCCACCAUUGGGAGUUUGACAGCUAAUGGUGAUGGGUGGAGGGGAAGGGCACAGCAAAUCCUCUCACUACAAAAUAAAGUUUCAGAGCUACAGGGACAAUUGGAGGCCCAAGGAAAAGUUUCUCGUGCUAGUAGCAGAAAAGCACAAGAGCUAGACAAGCAAAGAGUUGCUGUUCGCAAAAUUGAAACAGAAAACAAACAGAAAAUACAAGAGUUGAAAUCAGAACUGGAGUCCCAUCAGUCUGAUAUGACUGAACUAAGACAACAAAACAAAGCACUGAAAGCACGAAACAACAUUCUGUCAUCAGAAGUAAAGGAAUAUCGAACACAAAUCAACUUACUGUCUCAAGAGUUAAGAGAGAAAGAGAAGGCUGUAGCUAUACAGCAAGAUGAGGAGAUUCACUGUGCAGCACAGCAGCAAAAGGAAACAAAAAAGAUGAGCGAAUACGAAGAUAAACUAAGAUCACUUCAAAGUCAGUUGAGCCACAGUCGAGGUGAAAGACAAAGGCUACAAGCAACCGUAUCAGAAUUACAAAAUAAACUAAGUGACACAACACUGACUCAUCAGACUAGCUCUAGCUCCAAUGUAUGUACACGAACACAGAAUAAAGGAAUAGAAAAGGACUCAGUAAAACUGCCACCGAUAAAAGAGGCAGCAGGCAGACAACAGAAAGAGAGCAAGCCUUUACUAAAGAACACAAUGUCUGCUGGGAAUAAUCAUGAGCCUCAAGGAAAAUAUUCAAGUGAAGAGUUUGAGCAGGUGGUGGCAGUAUGCCGUGUCACUGAAGUUGAAAGAGAUCGACUGCUAGGACUCAGUCAAAUGCUGCAGCAGAGGUUAGAUGGAGCAUAUACUGAACUGGCGAGCCUCAGACAACAGCUAAUGCUAGCAGAGAGACUGAGUAAAGGGAAAACAAAGAGCAAUGAAGAGGUGAAACCAAUCACUGAGCUACAGGAGCAGAUCUUGUUAAGAGAAGAUGAAAAUGAAGUUUUGAAGGAAACUCUCAAAUUGACGCAACAAGAAAAGUUAAAGGAUAUGAAACUUCUUCAGAACCUUUUGCACGAAACUAGACAAACGUUUAACAAUGUUUUGAAAAAAUCAAUUUAAAAAUAA